UUAAUAGAUACCGAAUUCAGGUUUUCUAUUUUUCCCAUUUCUUUAAUAUAGAAUACCAAGUCUCAAUACUUGCUUCCCUCUCCUUGUUUUAGGCUGCUCGAAGGACCAGGCAUAGAAAUAAUAGACGUAGUUUUUGUUUCUUAAUUUGAGGAAAAUUUUGUUUCUUGGGGUGGUUUAGCAAUGGCUGGUAUGUUGCCUGGUGUUGAAUGUGCUCGAAGGAGGAGGUUCCAUCAAAGCGGAGAUUCACUUGGUGCCCCAGCACACGGCGGGUCCAGAAAGCCAUCUUUUUGUUUGUACACAAGCAGCCAUGAAAGUUAUCAUGGCUCCGUCUCUUCUCUGAAGCAAAAGCAAAGGAGCGCAUCAAGCCAGGCAUACGAGGAUGAGAAGCUGGGAGGAGUGGCAAGACAAGCCAAGGAAAGAUUAGAUGAGAGGCUAAGAUUGCAAAAGAAGAAGAGAGCAGAAACCACCAGGCACAAAAGCACAGGAAACCUGAGAGAUGUAGAUGGCAGAUCAAUGGUACUAGGGGAGUUACAGAUGGAGGUGUAUGGUACAAAGAGGAGUGGGUCUAAGAGGUUCAAUUGGGCCAAACUGAGCUGGAAAGCUGCUGACCAAGACGAGUGCACCAUCUGCCUCGAUCGGUUCAAGUCUGGUGAGACCCUGGUGCACCUUCCCUGUGCACACAGGUACCACCCCAGGUGUUUGGUGCCAUGGCUAGAAAACAAUGGCCAUUGUCCUUGUUGCAGGAUGGAAAUACGUGUUGAACUCUCCUAGGCGCUCUCUUCUUUUGUUCUUUCUGUAGAUACCAAUUGGGAUUUCGGGAGCAACCUUGUCUUCUGUGAGAGUGAUUUGUUGUACCAAGACAAGUUAUGCUCUUAUCUCCUCCGUGUGUUUGCAUUUUACUCAUCUCUAAUUUUCCAUAUUGGCAAUGGAGAUUCUGCAGAAGUCUUUAGAAAA